AAGCCGGCCAGUGCGCGUUCCCUACACCGGAAGUCACAGCCGAGUGGUCGCUGUUCGUGAGCACGGCAGCAGGAGUGAACCGGCACAGACUGUACCGGGGGAGAGAAAAAGAGGAGCCGGUGGACGGCUGAAGAGCACUAUCCACGGAAUGAAACACAUUGCUGUUUGAUUCUCGUCGUUCUGCUCCUGCUCCCUUGACGUUGUUUAUCCUGCUCGCCCUCACACCCUGACGUGUCGAAGAGUCCUGCCUGUAUACGAAGAAGGGGAGUCGUGUUGUGACUGUCCACCCCGGGAAAAGAAAGAAAAGAGAGAGAGUGUUAUCUCAGUGUGAGCCCGGUGCGUGAGAGGAGGAGGAGGAGGAGGAGGAGAGUGAGUGAGUGAGACCAUAAGUGUGUGAGCAGCUCUCCCUAUGUGUGUCACAAUGGGGGACAUCAGUGACCUGGACCGACAGAUCGAGCAGCUCAGACGCUGUGAGCUCAUUAAGGAGAAUGAAGUCAAAGCACUGUGUGCUAAAGCCAGAGAGAUUCUUGUCGAAGAAAGCAACGUUCAGAGGGUAGACUCUCCUGUCACAGUGUGUGGUGAUAUACAUGGUCAGUUCUAUGACUUGAAAGAGCUGUUUAGAGUUGGUGGUGAUGUUCCAGAGACAAAUUAUCUCUUCAUGGGAGACUUUGUGGACAGAGGCUUCUACAGUGUGGAGACUUUCCUUCUUCUGCUAGCUCUUAAGGUGCGUUAUCCAGACAGGAUAACCUUGAUUCGGGGAAACCACGAGUCCCGGCAAAUUACCCAGGUUUACGGCUUCUACGACGAGUGCCUCCGCAAGUACGGCUCAGUCACCGUGUGGAGAUACUGCACUGAGAUAUUCGACUACUUGUCCCUCUCUGCUAUCAUUGAUGGCAAGAUCUUCUGCGUGCACGGUGGCUUGUCUCCAUCCAUCCAGACACUUGACCAGAUCCGGACCAUUGACAGAAAACAGGAAGUGCCCCAUGACGGGCCCAUGUGUGACCUCCUGUGGUCAGAUCCUGAAGACACCACAGGGUGGGGGGUGAGUCCCAGAGGUGCUGGUUACUUGUUUGGGAGCGACGUGGUGGCCCAGUUCAACGCCGCCAAUGACAUCCACAUGAUCUGUCGAGCACACCAGCUGGUCAUGGAGGGCUACAAGUGGCACUUCAACGAGACGGUGCUCACUGUGUGGUCAGCACCCAACUACUGUUACAGAUGUGGUAACGUGGCGGCCAUCUUGGAGCUGGACGAGCAUCUACAGCGGGAGUUCAUCAUAUUUGAGGCAGCGCCGCAAGAGACCAGAGGCAUCCCCUCCAAGAAGCCAGUAGCUGAUUAUUUCCUGUGAAGUCUUUGAGCAGAGAGCCAUGAUGUGUGGAAAUCUCCAGUACCAUUAUUAUUUUUUAUUAUUUUUAUUUUCACCGGCCACCCUUCCAUCCUGCUGCUGGACGGUUCUGUCAGUCUGAACUCAGAGCAGUUAGACAGAAAGCCUGCCAAACCCGAGAAGCUCCACACAGCUUCAGCCUGAAGAGCUGGAUUUUUUGCCACACUGCCCAAGCCUGAUAGAGCGCCGUCACUGUGAAAGGUGUAGGGGAUGAGGUGGAUACUGGGCCCAUGACUGUUGUCACUUCUCCUCAGUUGAUAUGAGACGGUCAUUUUCUCUGUCCCCCUCCACCUCCUUCCAGUUCAGUACGUUCUCCACCUCCUCCUCUCUCUGUAGAUACCACACACUCCCUCUCUGACUUACCUCCACCACUCUUGUAGUAUUUUUUUCAUGAUCAACAUUGUCAUUUUAGUUUUAGAAGUAUUCGGAAGGAGCGUUCUUUUUUUUUUUUUUUUUUCCCUUCUUCCAAAAAUAUGCAGACGUAGGAAGUUUCACAAUUUUAUCAUUUUAAAGAAUUCCUUCAUUGCAUAAUGUUGUCUUUGUUUUUGAUUUUUGUAUGAUUGUUGCUGCCAUUAUUAAAUGCAAAACGACCCCAACCCUCUCUCCAAACACACACACACCUUUUGCUCUUAUGUCUCUGUUGAACUGUCAUGUGUGUCACUAUUUAACAUACCCAGUGCUGCAGCUCAGCACCUUCACAAAGAAAUAGCAGACAUGUAAUGCGUGGCCGACAGGAGUCACUAUGUUCACCAUCGUUUUCUCUCUUAAUUCCUUUUAAACUACAACUCUCUGUAGGUCUGUCAUUUUUGAUAUUGUGAGAAUAAAGUUUUGUAUCAAUGCCGAA